UGUUCAUACCUCCAGUGAUUGAAAACCCGCGCUUUACAAACUUUUCCAGACAAUCUAAAAAAUAACAACACAAAAUUGUGUAUCUUUCCAAGAUAAUAUUUAGCAUUCAACUACUCACGAAGUCGUCACUAAACUCAAUACAGUGGCGAGUGCAUUGCGUGUAACUUUAGGAAACGGCAGGUUUUGUGGCAACUCUUCCUUGGCAACCAACUUCAAUACACAAGGAAAAGUCAACACAGCUGUUAGCGAGUUAGCUUGCUAAAAAGCUCAUUUCAGGUUUACAAAUAAAAGGACCAAAGCCCACAAUGUCGCUGUGGACUGAGUCCCGUUGGACAGAGAAUCAAGGCAACCCUCGUGCUAAAGGGGACACAGUUCAUGUUGUCAAGGAUGAUGACUCGGACCUCCUGGAGGAUGACUCAUUUGACCUAAACAAGUCCUAUCCGUGUGUCGGGCGGCCACUGUACAAGGGCCAGGCUCUAGAACGCUGGCGUUUUCCUGGAUUCAUAGCAGGUGAUUCUCAGAACUCCUGUAGCUCUGUGGCUAUGAGAGACAUUCAGAUCCCCAGCCGGCACGGCUCAGGAUCACACAGCCAGUCAGACUCGCUGUCCACUGUGUCUGAGUCAGACAGAACCCUGCUCAGCCUGCUGACCUGUGCAGGAGGCUUUGCACUCUCAGGACCUCCAGCUGUCCACAACCCCAACAAAGCAGUCCUCACUGUAGACUGCAAGAGCACAAAGAUAUUGGCUUCAAAUGUGAAGGCAUGCACAUUGUUUGAGUGCACCAGCAAUGAUCUCAUUGGACAAAAGCUGUCCUGCUUCCUGAAGAAGACCAAUCAGGUCCUGGAAGAAGCUUUAAGUGAGGGGUGUCUUCAGACAGAUGGAAAUGUAGCAGUGGUGUCUGGGAAAGUGUUGGAUGCAGUGAGCCAGCGUGGUACUGAGGUCCCAGUGUCUGUAUGGACCCAGAGACAGUCACAGGAAGGACAGCAUUGCCUGGUCAUGAUGGAGCGUGUGGAGAGAAUCUCAGCCCAUGUCUCCUUCUCACAAGAUGGGAGCAUCCUGAGCUGUGACCUGGUCUUUGCCCAUCUGCAUGGUUACAGGCAGACUGAGGAGCUGACAGGGAUGUCUAUCAGAGAGAUGAUCCCCUCUCUACACAUCCCCCUCCACAGCCGCGCUCUGCCCAAGAUGCUGAGGGUCCAGAGGGUAACCAGUCGAUGCAGGGGGGGAACCUCCCUCCUCCUCUGUAUUAAACUCCAGGGGGCAGUGGUGUGUGGUAAACCCCAGCAGCUGAAGGAUGGGGAUGGGUUGGGCGGCCCAGAACCCCAAAACACCCCUGGUGGACCUGAGGACCAGCAGGGUUCCCCCGUCUCCUCCCCAGUCUGCAGAGCACCACUGCCAGAACAUUGUGAAAAUGGAAAGGAACUGUCCUCUGGAGUUAAAGAGAACAGCAGCCUCCUCUCCCCUGGUUCGGGGCUGGUGUAUUCUGGGACGGUGUGGGUGUUUGCCCCUCUCAGCGGUCUCCUCACCCUCCACCCUGAUGGCUCUAUCAACAGCAUCCACAACCACCUGUCCCUCAGUCUCCUGGGCUUUGGGAACGCGGAGCUACAGGGGAAGGAUGUCACGUUCCUGAUUCCUGCCUUCUAUGAUUGGUUCUGUGGCUUGGAGAAUGGUGUCAUUACCCUACCCCAACAACCAGGGGGUGAGCUUCUACACACUGGCUCAUCACACCCCUCCAACACAGACCCCUGUGUAUACUCUGGUCAUCCUAACCCUGUCCCUGCUGCUAACACAGUCACUCAUCCCAUUCCCACAUUCCCAAUGGGAGGCAAACUUCAACAGGGAAAAGACCCCAGCUCUCUGCUGGCUGGUGACAUGGCCAUGGUGCAAAAGGAAGAACAGGGGAGAAACCUCUCUACUGGGAAGGGCAGGAUCUUCACUGGCUCCAGUACCAGACUGGAGCAGCAGGGCAGCACUCCCUCCACCCUGGACCCUCCGGAGGUUACCUCCACACCCAUGAUCAGGGUUGAUGACACUGCAGAACUGAUGGAAGAAGCUACCCAGGUGGCCCCGUGUCCCAGCCAGUGUGACAGUGGAGACGACACCCACGACCUGCUACAGUCCUUUGCCCUGGUGGAGAGAGGCGAUGUACUCUGCCUGUCACUCACUCACCCUCCAACCUGUAGCCCAGGAGGGCAACCCCUCAGUGGGGUAGGACCAGGCACUCCAACCAUGGAUGAGCGCAGCCGAGCACGGCCCUGCCGCCCCACCCCAUACCAUGCCAAAGACCCCCAGCAGCUGUGUGACCUGUCAGCUGUGCAGGACUCCAGCUUCGAGGUGAUCUCCCUGGGCAGCCGCUCCUCCUCAGGGUUCUGUGAGAAGUGGGCUGGGUGUCAUGGGGGGUCCAGCCCGACGGCGGUCACCUCCCGGACAGCCCAGGUUGUGGACUCGGCCAGCUGCUACCUGGACCUGGACACCAAUGGGGAGCUGGUGACUCGGGCCAUGGCCGACCUGAACCUGAGUGGAGUUCUAGAGCUGCCUGGUGUUGGAGGUGAUGAUGACUUCUCCCAUACCUCGGUUGAUACCGCCGAACUCCUGCGUACCCCUUCACCGUACGUGGUCGAGUCCGACCAGGAAGAGGGACCCGGAUGUGUGGAGGUCCGGAACAGUCAAUUAAAAGGACUGGCGGGGGAGGACGAACGUGACCAGUGGGCUGUAUUCUCUGUUCUCCACAACGUCCAAAGCCAGGACUCUAGACAGAUGAAUGGAGAGAUGCAGUUGAUCUCGGAUGCCCCUCCCAACACCUCCACCCCUAAGAAGCAGCAGGAGAAUGAGUGCUCCAAGACCCCACAGCACAUCACAGAGGGGAGCUAUGAUGGAAGUGUUUACCACAGGGAUGGAACAAGAAUUGAGGUGCAGUGUGAGAUCCGUAGGGCUGAGCUUCAGGGGGCUAGGUGUGUGGUCUGUGUGUGGCUGAGCAGGCCUGGACAGCAGGAGGCCAUGUUGCAUCAUAGUGGCAUCUACAGCAACAGAGCUUCACUACAAAACUCAUCCUCACUCAGUCUGGGAGAGGCGAUCUUGGAGGCCAGCCGUGGCGGAGCCGGUGAGGCGCUGCUCUCCACUUUGGACCUGGACCAUUCCCGUGCGUGCGAUGGGCAGUUCUCAGAGCUGUACCAGCCGCUCCACGCCGUGGGGAAAGGGGCCUUCGGCUUUGUCUGGCAGGCUUGCAGACGCUCUGACAGAGAGAAGGUGGUGGUGAAGUUUAUCAGGAAGGGAAGAAUAGUCAGUGAAUGCUGGGUGGAUGACCCCGUGCUGGGCCGCGUCAGCCAGGAGGUCGCCAUACUCACCCGCCUGACACACCACAACAUCGUCAAGGUCCUGGAGGUGUUUGAGAAUGAGGGUUAUUUCCAGAUGGUGAUGGAAAAGCAUGGGGAGGGUCUGGACCUGUUUGAGUUCAUAGACAAACAGCCCCAGCUGGACGAGCCUCUGGCCAGCUACAUCUUCAGACAGUUGGUGGCAGCGGUGGUGUAUCUGAGGAACGAAGGCAUCCUCCACAGGGACAUCAAGGAUGAGAACAUCAUCAUUAACACAGAGUUCCACAUCAGACUCAUAGACUUUGGCUCUGCUAUCCCGCUGGCUCCAGGGAAGCUUUUCUACACCUUCUGUGGCACACUGGAGUACUGCUCCCCAGAGGUGCUGAAGGGCAACCCCUACAGCGGUCCAGAGCUGGAGUUGUGGUCUCUGGGGGUGCUGCUCUACACAUUGCUGUUCGGUGAGAACCCUUUCUGCGACAUGGAGGAGACCCUGCAGUCCAAACUCAAGCCCCCCUUCCCUUUGUCUCCAGACCUGCAUGCUAUGCUGUCAGGAAUGCUGCAGCCUGACCCCCAACAGAGAAUGACCCUGGAGCAGCUCCUGUUGCAGCCCUGGAUUCGCCAGCCCAUCUGCCUGGCUGACUACAGCUGGGAGGAAGUGUUCCCCUACUGCAAGAGCCACGCUCCCCCACAGUACCACGAGUCUGGUCCUGGGGACUUUCUAGGCCAGGGCUUGUACCCGGACACUAGAGAUGAUUCUUCACUUCCUUCUGAUGAUGACGAUGAGAGGUCCAUGGCUGCCAUGACAACUGAGCUCAUGAAGUACCUCUCUGAUGAAUGAGUGAACUUCAGUGGUGCAUUUUAAUCUUCUGACUUCCUCUCUCCUGGAUCUCCUUCCCUUCAUAUGCACUGAUCUGUAAACCUGUCCAUAUUCUCCAUCCUAUGGGAAGGAGACAAGGGGUGGGAGAACCAUUUUAGACUCGAGAUGCACCCAUCAUCGUAUAUCAGGACCUGGACUGACUGAAGAGACUCUAAAUACCAAGUGUGCUUUUACAACAAGAAUGAAUAAAUAAAUACCAUUUUUAGAAUGUGGGGGGAGAUGCAGCCUUAAAGUUAUGUAUAUGAAAACAACCAAAGAGGUACAGCAAAAAUAAUGGGCAGAACAUCCAACACCUACGGGUGCCUUUAUUUGCUGUAAUCUAUUAGUAGGACUGUGGUAUAUUGGCUAAUGAAUGUAGCGUAGCUGCCGAAGCCUUAUAAUGGGUCAUAAACUGAAGACCAGUUUCACUUCAAAAUAUAAAAUGCACUGAUGCCUCGAGCAGUGGGUUGACUGAUUUAGGUGCCACUACUCGCCAACGGGCCAGAUGAUUCACUUUAAUUUUAUCUGUUGUCUGAUUUAUAUUAAACAAUUAUGUUAAAGAAGUAGUGGUGUUAACUGCUUAUUUAUGCUUGUCGUUAGUGCAAAAUUGUAAGUCUUUCACAGUAUAUUUAAUUCACAUGCUUUUAUCAUUUUGACUGUUUCCCGUUUUAACAUUGCAAAUAAAAUAUACAAAUAUUUAA